UUAUUUUCAGUUAAAAUAUAUUAUUUAUAUGGAUUGAGAUAUUUUUUAUUAAAUAUGACAUUAUUGUAUAUUAUUGGAAUAAUACAAUUUGUUUACGUUUUUUCAUGGAUAUCUGGCGAAAGCAAUCUUAAAUUUCCAGAAGAAUUUAAAAUUGGCGUUGGUGGUUCUGCUUAUCAAACAGAAGGAGCAUGGAAUAUCGAUGGUAAAUCACCAAGUAAUUGGGAUGUAUUUAGUCACAAUAAAAAUAAUUCAAUAGUUGAUGGUGAAAAUGGUGAUGUUGCAACUGAUUCAUAUCACAAAUAUAAAGAAGAUAUUAAAAUUUUAAAAGACACUGGAUUUCAAUUUUAUCGGCUAUCACUAAGUUGGUCUAGAAUUUUACCAGCUGGAGUUGAUAACAUAACAAAUAAUAAAGGAAUACAACAUUAUAAAAAUGUUUUAGAUGAACUUCAUAAAAAUGGAAUUGAACCAUUUGUUACUAUUUAUCAUUGGGAUCAUCCUGAUGUUUUAGAUCAAACAGGAGGAUGGUUAAAUGAAACAAUUGUUGAUCAUUUUGUAAAUUAUGCUAAAAUUGUAUUUCAAGAAUUUGGAUCAAGAGUUAAAUUUUGGACAACAAUUAAUGAACCAAUUGCUUAUUGUUAUUGGGGCUAUGGAAAAGGAGCAUUUCCAAUUGGAAAAGAAGAACCAAGUUUAUCUAAAGCAUACAGAUGUGGUUAUAAUAUGUUGCAAGCACAUGCUAAAGUUUAUCAUUUGUACAAUGAUACAUUUAGAAUAAAUAACAGUCAAAUUGGAAUUGUUAAUUCUUGUUGGAAUUUUUAUAGUAUUGAUAAAAAUGAUACAGAAAGUUCUGAUAUUGCAUUUCAAUAUAAUUGUGGGUGGUUAUCACAUCCAAUAUUUACUGAAAAUGGAGAUUAUCCAGAUGUUAUGAUCAAAAGAAUAAAUGAAAAUAGUCAAUUAGAAGGUUUAUCAACGUCAAGAUUACCAAUCCUAACACCACAAUUAAUACAAGAAAUUAAAAAUACUGCUGAUUAUUUUGGAUUAAAUUAUUAUACAUCAAGAAUAAGUGAAAGUAUCAAAAAAUCAUCUGUUAAUGGAUGGUUUGAAGAUUCUGGCAUUAAAAUAAGUGAAAAUAAAAGUUGGCCAGUUGAUUCAGCUUCUUGGCUUCAAAUUGUUCCAAAAGGUUUAGGUGAUUUAUUGAGAAAAAUAAAAAAUGAAUAUAAUAAUCCACCAAUUUAUAUAUUGGGAAAUGGUCUUGCAACUGAUUUAAGUCAUAAUGACACAUCAAGAAUUAAUUAUUUAUAUUCACAUAUGGAAGAAACAUUACUAGCUAUUAAUCGUGAUGGAUGUAAUAUUAAAGGAUACACUGUUUGGAGUCUGCUAGAUAAUUUCGAAUGGCUCGAUGGAUAUACCAAGUCUUAUGGUAUUGUACAUGUUGAUCAUCAAAAUUUAAAUCGUCCAAGAUCACCAAGACUUUCAGUGACUUGGUUAAAAGAAAUUUUAAAAAAUCGUCAAUUAAUGACACUUAAUGAUAUUUACAAUUCUUCAAAUUAUCAUUAA